GGGCGGGUGUCUUGGAGCGGCCCCACAGCUGCCCAUCUCAGUGCAGAUGCCCAGGACUUCAUCAAGGCCACACUGCAGCAGGCCCCAGAGGCUCGACCCAGUGCCACACAGUGCCUCGCCCACCCCUGGUUCCUGGUUUGGGGACCCAGGGCUUCUGCCCAGCUGGUACCAUCCUCACUAUGGCUGCUCCCUGCUGCCCACAGACAUCUGUACCUGCUGAGGAAGCUCACUUUAUUAACACCAAGCAGCUCAAGUUCCUCCUGGCCCGCAGCCGCUGGCAGCGCUCUCUGAUGAGCUACAAGUCCAUCCUGGUCAUGCGGUCCAUCCCUGAGCUGCUCCAGGGCCCACCCGACAGCCCAUCCCUUGGUGUGGCCCGGCACCUACGCCCAGACACCAGCAGCUCCUCUAGCUCCUCAGCCUCCUCGGACUAUGAGCUGGCACCCUUCGCCCGGGCCAAGUCGCUGCCACCCUCUCCUACAACCCACUCCCCACUGCUGCACCCCCGGGGCUUCCUGCGGCCCUCGGCUAGCCUGCCGGAGGAAGCUGAGGCCAGUGCCACCCUCACAGCAACCCAGGAGGCAGUGUGCCCUCCAGCUGCGGGACCUCCAUCCCCUGGCUGUGUGCCCCGACACAGUGUCAUCCGCAGCCUGUUUUACCAGCAGUCAGACGAAGGCCCAGAGAGAGGGGCUGUGGCCAUAGGGGCCAGGCGGUAUGGGGUGCGACGGCGGCACCUGCUGAAGGGCGGGUACAUUGCACGGGCCCUACCUGGGCUGCGGGAGCCACUCCUGGAGCACCGCAUGCUGGAGGAAGAAGCUGCCCAGGAGGAGCAGGCUGCAGUGACCCGGGCGACUUCCUUUGAGUCCGCCUUGUGGCAGCCCAGCCCAGGCACCCAACAGGUUCCGGGCCGAAGCCGCUCCCUGGACCAUGACCCAUCCAGCACUGAGCACCCCACCCCAGAGGCCUGUGUUGAAGGGCGGUGUCCAUCCUCAGCCUUGUCCGGGCCGACUUGUGGGGUCUCUGCUGGGGACCCAGUGCACUCCAAGGAGGCUGGGCUACUCCCAUCUGCCAGUGGAGACUGGGGGCCCGCUCCAUGGGAUGAGCCACCAAGGGAGAACUGUGGAGGGUGCCCAGGGCCCAUCUGUUCCCCUGAGCUGGGUGGUCCUCCCCAGGAAGGCUGCGAGCUAACCUCAACACAGCCCCCUGGCCUGGUUCUAGCAAGCCCUCUGCCCAACUCCCGGACACUCCUGCCUGGGAGACCCUGUCCAGGCCCCUCCCUGGGUGCUGAAGAAUUGACCCAGCAAGCAGAGGGUCCACCAGACUCCACACCCCCUCAACAGCGGCCUCAGGAGCAGGCAACCACCCGGAAGUUUUCCUUGGGGUCCUGCCGAGGGGGCUAUGCAGGUGUGGCUGGCUAUGGGACCUUUGCCUUUGGCGGGGAUGCUGGAGGCAUGCUGGGCCAGGGUCCCCUGUGGGCCAGGAUGGCCUGGUCAGUGUCCCAGUCCUCAGAGGAGCGGGAAGAAGCUGCAGUUGAGCCCUCCCAGCCCCAGACUAGCCUGGGGUCUCCAAGGGCCUCCUCAGAGCUGCCCUCACAGGAGGAGGUGGAUCAGGUCUCCCUGGUGCAGAUUCGGGACCUGUCAGGGGAUGUGGAGGCAGCUGAUACCAUAUCCUUGGACAUUUCUGAGGUGGACCCUGCAUACCUCAACCUCUCCGACCUGUAUGACAUCAAGUACCUGCCCUUUGAGUUCAUGAUCUUCAGGAGGAUCCCUAAGCCCUCAGAGCCAGUGGAGCCACCCUCUCCAGAUAUGGAGGACCAAGAGGAGGAGCUGGCUAGGUUCCCAGAGGCCAUGUGGCCCUGCCCAGGCGAGCUGGGCCUACGUGUUGGCCUUGAGAUCACUGAGGAGGAGUCUGAUGACCUGGCGGCCCUGCUGGGAGAAGCGGCCACAGGCAGGAAGCGCAAGUGGUCACCCUCUGGGAGCCUCUUCCAGUUCCCAGCGGGGUGCUUGUCACCAGAAGAGCCCCCAGAGCUCGGGUUGCGCCAGAGGGUGAAAGCGUCCAUAGCCCACAUCUCCCGAAUCCUGAAGGGCAUGCAGCAAGGUGCCUCCUGCUGGGAGCUGCCACACCUGGGUUUUCCCCACCCUCUCAUGUCAGGGGCAGCUCAGCCCCUAGCCUCACCCCAUAGGCCUUUGCCUGGUCAAGAGAGGGAGGAGCCCUCUAGGAAGAAAGUAGGCCUAGCUUCCUUCCGAUUGUCAGGCCUGAAAGGCAGAGACCACGCGCCAACCUUCCUGAGGGAGCUCUCAGAUGAGGCUGUGGUCCUGGGACAAUCAGUGACGCUAGCUUGCCAGGUGUCAGCCCAGCCAGCUGCCCAAGCCACCUGGAGCAAAGAUGGCGCCAUCCUGGAGAGCAGUGGGCGCAUCCUCAUCUCUUCCACCCUGAAGAACUUUGAGCUGCUGACCAUACUAGUGGUAACAGCUGAGGACCUGGGCGAGUACACCUGUAGUGUGAGCAACCUGCUGGGGACAGCAGCCAGCAUGAGUGUUCUCCGGAAAGCAGAGCGCCCCUCGUCCUCCCCGCGCCCUGACAUCGGAGAGGUAUACGAAGAUGGAGUGCUUCUGGUCUGGAAGCCUGUGGAGUCCUGUGGCCCUGUGACAUACAUUAUACAAUGUUGCAUGGAAGGCGGCAGCUGGACCACACUGGCCUCCGACAUCUUUGACUGCUGCUACCUCACCAGCAAGCUGCCCCGGGGUGGUGUCUACACCUUCCGCACAGCAUGUGUCAGCAAGGCGGGCAUGGGACCCUACAGCAGCCCAUCAGAGCAGGUCCUCCUAGGAGGGCCAAGCCGCCUGGCCUCUGAGGAGGAGAGUGGUGGUGGUCGGCCAGCCCAGCCCCUGCCCAAUACCAAGACCUUCGCCUUCCAGAUGCAGAUCAGGAGGGGCCGCUUCAGUGUGGUACGGCAGUGCUGGGAGAAGGCCAGUGGUCGGGCACUGGCCGCUAAGAUUAUCCCUUACCAGCCUGAGGACAAGAUGGCAGUGCUCCAGGAAUAUGAAGCCCUCAAGAGACUGCACCAUCCACACCUGGCCCAGUUACACGCCGCCUACCUCAGCCCUCGGCACCUGGUGCUCAUCUUGGAGCUGUGCUCAGGGCCUGAGCUGCUCCCCGGCCUGGCUGAGAGGGCCUCCUACUCAGAGUCUGAGGUGAAGGAUUACCUGUGGCAGAUGCUGAGUGCCACCCAGUACCUGCAUGCCCAGCACAUCUUGCACCUGGACCUGCGGUCAGAGAAUAUGAUGAUUACAGAGUAUAACCUGCUUAAGGUUGUGGACCUGGGGAGUGCCCAGAGCCUCCACCAGGAAAAGGUGCUGCCCUCUGAGAGUUUCAAGGACUACUUGGAGACCAUGGCUCCGGAGCUCCUGGAGGGCCAGGGGGCUGUCCCACAGACAGACAUCUGGGCCAUCGGUGUGACAGCUUUCAUCAUGCUGAGCGCGGAGUACCCGGUGAGCGGCGAGGGAACCCGCGAUUUGCAGAAGGGGCUGCGCAAGGGGCUAAUCCGGCUGAGCCGCUGCUAUGCAGGGCUGUCGGGGGGCGCCGUGGCCUUCCUGCGGGGCACGCUGAGCACCCAGCCCUGGGCACGGCCAUGUGCCUCCAGCUGCCUGCAGAGUUCCUGGCUGACGGAGGAGGGUCCUCCCGGCGCCCGCCCUGCGCCGGUGGCCUUCCCCACCGCACGGCUGCGCGCCUUAGUGCGCGAGCGCGAGAAGCGGCGCGCGCUGCUGUACAAGAAACACCAACUGGCCGCUCGCUGACCGCCCAGCCUCACCGUGGACCCGGGCGGUCCUUGAGGUUCCUCGCCAAGCCUGCAUGUGGUCCCUGGACAUCAGCUCUUCCACCUGGCUGGGGCGUCGUCUUGGUCACUGUACUGACACCCGCAAAUAAAAGGAGAGGUUUCUGGUG